GAGGCAGUUUGGCCCGGCCGCCGCGCCGUAGGGGGGGUUGCCAUAGCGACGAGCGGCGCGGCCCGGCCCGGUGUGGCGGCGGCAACGGGAAGAGGCCCCUGGGGCUCCCCCGACCAUGUCGUUCCGCGACCUCCGGAAUUUUACCGAGAUGAUGAGGGCACUGGGGUAUCCCCGGCUCAUAUCCAUGGAGAAUUUCCAUACCCCAAAUUUCAUGCUCGUUUCAGAAGUGCUUCUCUGGCUGGUGAAAAGGUAUGAACCUCAGGCUGAUAUUCCUCCUGAUGUGGAGACAGAACAGGACCGAGUUUUCUUCAUUAAGGCGGUGGCUCAGUUCAUGGCUACCAAAGCUCACAUAAAGCUCAACACUAAGAAGCUUUACCAGGCAGAUGGCUACGCGGUGAAGGAACUGCUAAAGAUCACCUCUGUGCUUUAUGGCGCUAUGAAUACCAAGGGAGUGGAACGCACAGACCUGAGUGAGGAAGACAGCAGCAAGUUCAAGUUCGAUCUUGGCUCAAAAAUUGCUGACUUGAAGGCAGCGAGACAGCUUGCUUCCGAAAUCACCUCCAAAGGAGCAACUCUGUAUGACUUACUUGGCAAAGAAGUUGAACUGAGGGAAGCAAGAACAGAAUCUAUUGCCAGACCUUUGGAGAUAAAUGAGGCUGAGAAGAUGAUGAAGGUUGCCAUUGACUGUGUUCUGGAAGAAGUCCAAAAGACUAAGGACAUGUUGAAUAAUGUAGCUUUGGAUGAAGCCAAUUUGGAAGCCAAGAUUGAAAAACGAAAAUUGGAGCUGGAAAGAAGUCAGAAGAGGCUACAGACGCUGCAAAGUGUUCGUCCUGCUUUUAUGGAUGAGUAUGAGAAGAUUGAGGAGCAACUGCAGAAACAAUAUAGUAUUUAUCUAGAAAAAUUCCGUAAUCUGACCUACAUGGAGCAGCUCCUGGAUGAUCAUCGUAGGACAGAGCAAGAGAUGUUUGAGGAAACGGCAAACAUGCUACGUCUUAUGCAGAGCAGGCUGAAGGAGGAGGAGCAGCACCUGCUUAAGAGUGGAAAUAACGAUGAUUCCGACGUAGAGAUUCAAGAGGAUGAAAGACCCGAGAGCGAAGUGGAAGACAGGCAGAUCAUGAAGCAGCGCACCGCCCCAGAAACACUCCUGCAAGGAAGAGCUGGCGCCCGGAUUGUGGGAACAAUGCAAGGCGGAGACACGGAGGAAGAUGGGAGAUCUGCCCCAGCACGGCCAGGCACGCGCAAGAGCAUCGCCAAGGCACAGGAGGACUCGGGGGAUAGUGAGAUUGACCUGGAUGAAGAUGAAGAUGAGGAGGAGGAUGAUAUGGAAGACGACAGCAUGGAAAUCUCCCCAAGCAAAUCCAGUCACCGAGCAAGGAAGCCAGAGCCACUAGAGGAAAGUGACAAUGACUUCUGACCCUUUAGUAGCAGGACCAGGAGGCAUCUGGAAAUAGAAACUUUGGAGAGCGUGCAGGCCAGGAGUGUCCUGCCAUUUGAAAAGCGUUUGUCAGCAUGAAUUCAGGAGUCGGUAAAUAAUGUUCAUUAAACUUGAAAAUUAAACUUGGAUUGCCAGUCUUGUGACUCUCAAAGCAUGAGCAUUUAGCUGUAAUGAGAAUCACAGUAAUGUGGAGUGCGGUUAUUUCCAUAAUUGCAUUAGAACUGGCCCUCAUGCACUGCAGUGCCAGAAGUCGCACUCCAGCGAGCAUCGUGUGCUUGAUUCCUCUGCAUUUUAUUAUGCCCAAACAGAUUUUUUUGGCUUAAUAAGACUGGAUGACAAGCUGCUCUGGGAAAACACUGAAACUGAUUUUAAAUCUGCCUUCAAUCUAUGUAUCCUAAACACAUCCUUUACUUAAUCAAGGGCUUGCCUCCACAAAGAGCAGCACCAGUUGCACCAAGGGAGUGGGAAACCAGUGAAGGGGUCCUCAAAUGUCACCCUCAGUGCAGCGUCUCGUAGUAUUUCAGCCGUGUCAGUGGGAAUUGUUCUCAGACUUCACUGGGCUGUGCUUCAGUGUUCUGAGAGCGGCCACGCGAGACAAGCGCUGUAACUAAAUCCAUAUGAAAUUAGUCCUUUAAUUAUACUGGUACUUCUGGAGUGGACUGAGAUUUAGACACUCAAACGGGCCAAAAGUUGGGCUUUUGUUCAUCAAGUUGUACCGAU